UCAGGGUCCGGCACAGACUGGACUGCCCGGGACAAAGGAGAGAGGUUUCUGGGAGGAAGAUUCCUUGGCCAUGUCUACUUCAGACCAAAAGGAAGAUGCUGUGCGGCUGAAGGAGGAGGGGAAUAAAUAUUUUGAAAGCCAGAAUUAUGAAGAGGCCUCCAGAAGCUACAGCCAGGCCCUGAAGCUGACCAAGGACAAAACUCUACUGGCUACUCUGUACCGCAACAGAGCAGCCUGUGGUCUGAAAAUGGAAAGCUACAUUCAGGCAGCAUCUGAUGCAUCUAAAGCCAUCGACAUUAAUGCUUCAGACAUCAAGGCUCUAUUCCGUAGAUGCCAGGCUCUGGAGCAGUUAGGGAAGCUGGACCAGGCCUUCAAGGAUGUUCAGCGUUGUGCUACACUUGAACCCAAAAACCGGAACUUCCAGGAGACUCUGAGGCGGCUCAAUUCCAGCAUUCAGGAGAAGCUCCAUGUCCAGUUUUCUACAGAUUCUAGGGUGCAGAAGAUGUUUGAGAUCUUGUUGGAUGAGAACAGUGAGACUGAGAAGCGUGAGAAGGCAGCGAACAACCUCAUUGUCCUGGGGAGAGAAGAUGCUGGAGCCGAGAGAAUUUUCCAAAACAAUGGAGUGGCCCUCCUCCUGCAGCUCCUGGACACCAAGAAGCCAGAGCUGGUGUUGGCUGCUGUCCGGACGCUGUCUGGCAUGUGCAAUGGGCAUCAGGCAAGAGCAAUGGCAAUCCUGCAUUCGAUUCGAAUGGAUCGGAUCUGUGGCUGGAUGGCAGUGGAGGAGGAGGAGAUCUCCCUGGCGGUCUGUGGCCUUCUUCAGACCAUCAUCGAUGCUUUGUCUGGAGAAGACAAGAAAGAGCAUCGUGGGAAGGAGGAGGCGCUGGUUCUUGACACCAAGAAGGACCUGAAGCUCAUUACUAGCCACCUACUGGACAUGCUGGUCAAUAAGAAAGUAUCUGGCCAGGGAAGGGACCAGGCGCUGAACCUACUCAACAAAAACAUCCCCAGGAAGGACCUGGCCAUUCAUGACAACUCACCAACCAUCUAUGUGAUAGAGAACGGCCUGAGAAAGAUCCUGAAGGUGGCGGGGCAGGUACCAGAGCAGCCCUCCUGUCUGCCGCUGACUGACAACACUCGAAUGCUUGCCUCCAUCCUUCUCAACAAGCUCUAUGAUGAUCUCCGCUGUGACCCUGAGAGAGACCAUUUCCGCAAGAUCUGUGAGGAGUACAUCACGGGCAAGUUUGAUCCCCAGAACAUGGACAAGAAUGUGCAUGCCAUUCAGACGGUUUCAGGAGUCCUCCAGGGCCCCUUUGACCUGGGAAACCAAUUGUUGGGGAUGAAGGGCGUCAUGGAGAUGAUGGUGGCGCUCUGCGGUUCUGAUCGGGAGCAGGACCAGCUGGUGGCAGUGGAAGCUCUCAUUCACGCUUCCACCAAGCUCAGCAGAGCCACCUUCAUCAUCACCAAUGGUGUGUCCUUACUCAAGGAAAUCUACAAGACAACCAAAAAUGAGAAGAUUAAGAUCCGGACUCUGGUGGGUCUCUGUAAACUUGGCUCUGCAGGAGGCACUGACUAUGGCCUUAGACAGUUUGCUGAAGGGUCUACGGAGAAGCUUGCCAAACAGUGUCGGAAGUGGCUAUGCAAUGCAAAUAUAGACGCCAGGACCAGGCGCUGGGCUGUGGAAGGUCUUGCCUAUCUCACGCUGGAUGCAGAUGUGAAGGAUGACUUUGUUCAGGACAUCCCUGCUCUACAGGCCAUGUUUGAGCUAGCUAAGACCAGUGACAAGACCAUCCUGUACUCUGUGGCCACCACCUUGGUGAACUGCACUAACAGUUAUGAUGUAAAGGAAGUCAUCCCUGAGCUGGUACAGCUUGCCAAGUUCUCCAAGCAGCACGUGCCUGAGGAGCACCCUAAGGACAAGAAGGACUUCGUGGAAAAGCGAGUGAAGAGGCUGCUGAAGGCUGGGGUAAUCUCUGCCUUAGCCUGCAUGGUAAAAGCUGACAGUGCCAUCCUGACGGACCAGACCAAAGAGUUAUUGGCCAGGGUGUUCCUGGCACUGUGUGACAAUGCAAGGGAUCGGGGUACCAUUGUGGCUCAAGGUGGUGGCAAGGCUCUAAUUCCACUGGCUCUUGAAGGCACUGAUGUGGGCAAGGUGAAGGCUGCCCAUGCCCUGGCAAAGAUUGCAGCUGUCUCCAACCCUGACAUUGCUUUUCCUGGAGAAAGGGUGUAUGAAGUAGUACGCCCAUUGGUAAGACUCCUGGACACACAGCGGGAUGGACUCCAGAACUAUGAAGCCCUCCUGGGUCUGACUAAUCUGUCAGGGAGGAGUGACAAACUCCGGCAGAAGAUCAUCAAGGAGAAAGCCUUGCCAGACAUCGAGAAUUAUAUGUUUGAAAACCAUGACCAGCUGCGGCAGGCAGCCACAGAGUGUAUGUGCAACAUGGUGGUCAACAAAGAGGUGCAGGAACGGUUCCUGGCUGAUGGGAACGACAGGCUAAAGUUGGUGGUGCUGCUCUGUGGGGAGGAUGAUGACAAGGUCCAGAAUGCUGCAGCCGGAGCCUUGGCCAUGCUGACUGCUGCCCACAAGAAGCUCUGCCACAAGAUGACCCAAGUGGUAAGAAGGCCUGACCUGGACAACAAAUGGCAGGGGGGUGGACUUCAGGGUUGUCUGUGA